CCUGAGUUCUCGCGGACGCGACUUCCUUACCUCAUUUGUCCUCGCCCCUCCCCGUCCUUCUACGCGUUUUGGUUCCUGGUUGGUGCUUCCUGGUCGCAGCUGCGGCACCCUUAGAAAACCAACUUUUCAUAAUGUUUGGCGGCUAUGAGACUGUAGAAGCAUAUGAAGAUAACCUUUAUCGGGAAGAGUCAUCUAGUGAACUGAGUGUUGAUAGUGAAGUGGAAUUUCAACUUUACAGCCAAGUUCAUUAUGCCCAAGAUCUUGGUAGUGCCAUCACGGAGGAAGGACAUGAAGAAAACAACUCUGAGAAUUCGGAAUCAUCUGGUAGUAAGCCAAAUCAGAAGAACUUAAUUGUCCUUUCAGAUAGUGAGGUCAUCCAGUUAUCGGAUGAGUCAGAGAUUAUCACUUUGUCUGAUGAAGAUAGUAUUUAUAGAUGUAAAAGAAAAAAUUUUAGAGACCAAGAACAAGAAAAGACUCAAGGUCUUCCUGCUUCUCAUCAUUCUAAUAAAUUGGCUGGUAAGAGGGAUAUUGAAAAGCCUAAAUCUGAAGAGAAAUCAGGAGUUAUUCGAGAGGUCAUGAUUAUAGAGGUCAGUUCAAGCGAAGAAGAAGAAGAAGAGAGCACCAUUUCAGAAAAUGAGAAUGUUGAAAGCUGGAUGCUACUGGGAUGUGAAGUCGAUGAUAAAGAUGAUGAUAUCCUUCUUAACCUUGUGGGAUGUGAAAACUCUGUUAUUGAAGGAGAAGAUGAUGUAAACUGGUUCAUCAGUGACAAAGAUGUUGAGGCCAAAAUAGGUAAUAAAAGAUCAUCUGGAAGAUGGACCCGCCGAUACUAUACAGCUGACAAAAAUGUUACCUGUAGAAAUUGUGACAAAUGUGGGCAUUUGUCAAAAAAUUGUCCCUUACCCCAAAAAGUCCGACCUUGCUGCCUCUGUUCAGAAAGAGGACACUUCCAGUAUGCCUGUCCGGCCCGCUUUUGCUUAGACUGUUCUUUGCCCCUGUCUUCCACUCACAGAUGUCUUGAAAGAUCUUCCUGGAGAAAACGAUGUGACCGAUGUGAUAUGAUGGGCCACUAUGCUGAUGCUUGCCCAGAAAUCUGGAGGCAGUAUCACCUAACGACCAAACCUGGACCACCAAAAAAGCCAAAGAACCCUUCUGGACAAUCAGCCUUAGUGUAUUGCUACAACUGUGCACAAAAAGGCCACUAUGGACACGAAUGUACAGAAAGAAGGAUGUUUAACCAGACAUUUCCAACAUCUCCGUUCAUCUAUUUCUAUGAUGACAAAUACGAAAUUCGGGAGCGAGAACAGAGAAUAAAACGCAAAGCAAAAGAACUGCAGAAAAAUGGAGACUUACCCAGACAGUUCAAGAGACCACAUAUGGAAGCGGCAUAUAAGAAACCCCACCAUGAUAGAAGAAAGAGCCAUGACUCAAGGAAAAGCAGUAGGCAGCCUCGAGAAGAUAAAGCAAGUAAGAAAGAAAUGAACAAGAAUAGAGAACAGGAGAAGCACAGGAAAGCUGGCAGGCAUCAUGAAGUGGAAGAGGACUUCCCUAGGGGCCGAAAACCCCACCCUUCCUCCAGCAACUUUAAAACCCAGAAGACUCACAAGUCUUCCCACCACUCAUCACAUUACCACGAACUGAGAGAAGACAAGCUUUCCAAAGAGAGCCAGCGGAGCAAGCAGAAGAAAAAAGAGAGACACAUGGAAGAUGAUAGUGAUGAUAAUUUAUUUCUUAUUAAGCAAAGAAGAAAAAAGUCUAAGCUGUGAGAAGGCUACUGAUCUGGCUUUCCAUAUUUAUUUGAGCUCCGUGAACACAGCAUUCUAGCAGUAUUUUUAAUUGCUUAUGAUUAAAUAAAGGAUAGUUUGGCUAUCAUUACUCAAUUUUAGCCAUGCCUAGAAUUGCUGUACACAGGCCAUAGAGAUCUCACUUCUCUGUCCAACAGGUUACUAGGUCGGAAAAUGAGAAGACACCUUAAUCUUCUGCUGUAAUACAGUUUUAUCCAGAGUCCUUGAGAUAGGAAAAACCAGUCUUUCAAGAAAACUUCUUGUAAAUAUAUUGAAAAAAAAUAAGUAAAUAAAAGCUCAUCAAAUGUAAUUCAUCAGCAAUAUGAGUGGGAAAAUUAAACUUGUAAAAAUAGAUAUUAAUACUAUUA